CCCGGCGCCUCCCCGCGCGACGGGGGAAAUUCCCGGGUGGCCGUGGGGCCGCCCCCGCGAAUCAGCGCGGACAGCUAAGUGACCUCAGCGCCUCGCAAGCCCACUUUACACGUUGACAAAAUUCCUGGCGAGAGGCCGGGCUGGGAAGCGAGGAAGCGAAGCGCCAGGCUCCGAGCAGCCCGGCCCCUUCCCUCUCCGCCCGCACUCCGAGCACCAUGGCCCUGGCUAUCCUCCUCCUCCUCCGCCUGCUGGCGGCCCCCGGCCGGGGGGACCCCGGCCCCCUGGAAGACGUGGUGAUCGACAGAUACUACAUCCCGAAAAUCUGCUCACGGGAAGUCCAGAUGGGCGAUUUCAUCCGCUACCACUACAACGGGACCUUCAAAGAUGGCAAAAAGUUUGACUCCAGCUACGACAGAGGCGCCACGGUGGCGGGCGUGGUGGGAGUCGGCCGGCUGAUCACCGGCAUGGACCGAGGCCUGCAGGGCAUGUGCGUCAACGAGCGGCGUCACCUGAUUGUCCCUCCCCACCUGGGCUACGGCAGCAUCGGCGUCGCUGGCAUGAUCCCCCCCGACACCACCUUGUAUUUUGACGUCAUCAUGCUGGACAUCUGGAACAAAGAGGACAAGCUGCAGAUCACCACCUUGCACAAGCCAGAGCGCUGCAACCGCACUGUGGAGAACUCGGACUUCGUCCGGUACCACUACAACGGCACGCUGCUGGACGGUACCCACUUCGACUCCAGCAAGGACAGCACGUACGACACCUAUGUGGGCACAGGCUGGCUGAUCAAAGGCAUGGACGAGGGCCUGCUGGGGAUGUGCGCUGGGGAGAAGAGGAGGAUCAUCAUCCCUCCCUUCCUGGCCUACGGGGAGAAGGGCUAUGGCACGGUGAUCCCGCCCCAGGCCUCCCUGGUGUUCGAUGUGCUGCUGGUGGACCUGCACAACCCCAAAGAUGGCAUCUCCCUGGAGCACCUGGAGGUGCCGGCGUCCUGCAAGCGCAAGGCUGUGACUGGCGACUUCGUCCGCUAUCACUACAACGGGACCCUGAUGGACGGGACGCUCUUUGACUCCAGUUACUCCCGCAAUCACACCUACGACACCUACAUCGGGAAGGGCUACGUCAUCCCCGGCAUGGACCAGGGCCUGCAGGGCGUCUGCUUCGGAGAAAAGAGAAGGAUCGUCGUCCCGCCGCACUUGGGCUACGGGGAGAACGGAGCCGGCAACAAGAUCCCCGGCUCAGCCGUGCUUAUCUUCGACAUCCACGUCAUUGACUUCCACAACCCCCUGGACUCGGUGGAAAUCGAGACCCUCUCCCGGCCCGAGGGCUGCAACGUCACCACCCAGGAUCGCGACUACGUCCGCUACCACUACAACUGCUCGCUGCUGGAUGGCACCAAGCUCUUCUCCUCCCACGACUACAACCACCCGCAGGAGGCGACGCUGGGGACCAGCAAGGUGAUUGAUGGCCUGAACACCGGCCUGCUGAACAUGUGCGUGGGGGAGAAACGGGUGAUCGUCAUCCCCCCGCACCUGGGGCACGGAGAGAACGGAGCCCGGGGCGUGCCAGGCAGUGCUGUGCUCCGGUUCGAGGUGGAGCUGCUCUCCAGGGAGGAAGGAGUCCCAGAAGGUUACCUGUUUAUCUGGCACGGGGACCCACCCGCAAACCUGUACGAGGACAUGGACCUGAACAAGGAUGGCGAGAUCCCCCCCGAAGAGUUCUCCACUUUCAUCAAGGCCCAGCUCACCGAGGGGAAGGGACGGCUCAUGCCCAGCUCCGACCCGGAGACCGUCAUCGCCGACAUGUUUCAGAACCAGGACCGGAACCAGGAUGGGAAAAUCACCGCGGAGGAGCUGAAGCUGAAAUCGGACGAAGAUCAAGAGAGAAUCCACGAGGAGCUCUGAGGAGCUCUUGCCUUCAAGAGACAACUUUUCUUCUUGUCCUUUCCUACCUUGGAGUGGGCUGCUCCCCCACCACCACAGGGACUGAGCCCUAGAGAAGCCAGCUCAGGAAACUUUAGUGCCAACCCCUUUGCAGAGCGAGGUUGUUUGGUUGUUUUUUUUUACUAUUUAAUGGUGUUUUAUUGGAAGCGUUUCUAACAAGCCAGCAGGGGAAAAACUCCACAUAACAAACCCAGGCCUGAGGGUCCCAAAUUCUUGCCUUUAAAGGCAGAGCCUAGAACAGGGGUGGGCAAACUACGGCCCAGGGGCCGCAUCCGGCCCUUCAGAUGUUUUAAUCCACCCUUCGAACUCCCGCUCCAGCCAGGGAGCGGGGUCAGGGGUGUGCCCCGCUCCGCACGGCUCCCGGAAGCGGCAGCAUGUCCCCCCUCUGGCUCCUACAUGUAGGGGCAGCCAGGGGGCCCCGCGCCACAUGCUGCCCCCGCCCCAAUCACGGCCCCCGCAGCACCGAUUGGCCGGGAACCGCAGCCAAUGGGAGCUGCAGGGGCGGUGCCUGCGGACGGGGCAGCACACAGAGCUGCCUGGCCGCACCUCCGCAUAGGAGCCAGAGGGGGGACAUGCUGCUGCUUCCAGGAGCUUCUUGAGGCAAGCGCUGCUCGGAGGCUGCACUCUGACCCCCUCCUGCACCCCAAUCCCCUGUCCCAGCCCUGAUCCCCUUCCCGCCCUCCGAACCCCUCAGUCCCAGCCCAGAGCAACCUCCUGCACCCCAACCCCUCUUCCCCAGCCCCAGCCGGAGCCCUCACCCCCUCCCACACCCCAACCCCCAAUUUUGUGAGCAUUCAUAGCCUGCCAUACAAUUUUCUAUACCCAGAUGUGACUGUCAGACCAAAAAGUUUCCCCACCCCUGGCCUAGAAACUAGACCCAACCGUGAGCUAUUUCCUAGAACUUCCACCCAAACCCCGGGCCUGAAGGCUCCAGGGGCUACACGGGGGUAACUGACACCCCUUCCCAAACUACCCUGGAAUUGUAUCCAGCUGCUUUGAGACCAGAACCCAGAGACUUUUCUUCUCUGGGCUUUGAGUGAUUUAAUCCCUGGCUUUGCGCUCUGCCUUUGUCCCCUGCAGAGACAGGCCCACCCAGCCUGCCUGCUGCCAGUGCCGGAUGCGUCUCCAAGACGUUGUCUGCCUCUGACGGGGUGGGGGCUGUGGCUGUGGACCUGGUUGUGGACACAGAUUAACUCCCCUGCCCCAGUCCAGGAGCAGAACUGGAUGAAUCCCAGCUGCACCCAUCCCCCCAUCUGCUCUCUCCAGUGACGUGGGGUUUGGGGUUGGGACUGGGAUUCCUGGAAGUUGGUGGCAUCCCCCCGUCUAGCUGAGAGCCCUGCCUGUAACCCCACGUCAGACCCAGCCCUUUGCCUUCGCUCGGCUCUUUGAACAUUUCAGCAGUGUUGCUCUUGUGCAGACCGGGGCUGUCGCUGCCAGGACACCUCCCAGCGCGUACCCAGAGUGCAGAACGUGAGCCAGCGAGGGCAGCCUGCAGCCGCUGGAGCAAGGGGCAUGAACUGGCAUCUGCUGGAGCUUUUCCUGUAAGGAACCCAGUCACUGUUCCCAAGGGAUUGAAAAAUCUCUCUAGGUAAUGCCAUUGCCUAGCCCCGGUCCAGGCUCUUGCAACAGCUAGAAUUGUACCAGACCCAGUUCUUCAAAGUGAUGAGUGGUUUUAGGCCCAAUGGUAUUUUGGGGCUUGAACUUGAGACACCUUGAAGGGGCCUGAUUUUACACAGUUCAGCCCCCCCAAACCACCAGUCAGUUUGGAAGAUCCAGGGCCCAAACCCUCCCAGCUGGGCUAACACAAGUGGGUUGAUUUUCAGUUUCUGAGCACCCGGAUUCCAGACGCUGGUGAGAGCUGGGCGUGCUCGGUACCACUGGAACUCAGCCCACUGUUACUGAGAUGCUUAAAUAUCAUUCAGGAGCCUCACUUUAGUCUCCCACGUUUGCAAAUUUUGGCCGGUGUCUCCGGUUUUAAAGGUUUGUGUCCCAAGAUCACGGCUCAGCCGACGAGCAUCUGCGAGAGCCAACUGCUGGGCAAGGAUAAAAGAUCAGAAGUGCAAGGACAAGAUGAUGUAAAGGUUCAAACAACCCCCCAAUAGCAAUUUCUGCCUUGCACCCAAUAAACUGAUUUAAAGUGGUUUCCAACAA